ACUAAACCAGCUGCAGUUACCUCCCUUCCACAAGCACGCCCACCGCGAACAAGGAAGUGAGUGAGUGUAGCAGGAUAGACGAACAUUAUUGGUGCAAGGAGGAAGGAAUACAAACAUGUCAGGAAGGCGCACAUCUAGCAGGCUGAAGAUCAUGACAAGGUCCUCGUCAAAGUCCUUGGAAAAGUCCCCACCAAAACCGACUCCAUACUCACGAAAUGGAAGGAAAUGCGCAUCAAAAGGUAUUAUAUCAUGUUCACGAAAUGGAAGGAAAUGCGCAUCAAAAGAUCCAAAUGGACAGGUCCAUAACAGACCAGCUGACGCAGAACAUCCGAAUGAUACAUCGAAGACCUCGAACUCGACUAAAGGUAAACCUUCCAGUAAAGAAUCACCUGCUGGACCACCUAAUCAACCAAACAUUGCACCAGGAAGAUGCGAACUUGUAGAAGUGAUUGAAAACACACAAGGCUGCCGCACCGGUAGCUUGGUAACUAUGGAUGUCUUGGUGAUAACGCACGAGGACGCCACUGUUAUACUGACAACGGACAGAGACAACAGUUCUGUAAACGCUUUGUUCAGAGAGGGCGUGGAGGAGAGGACGAGUUCACUCCCCCUGAGUCAUUGUCUGACGAACUUCACUGUCAUCGAGGACAAUCUGGUGGCUGCUGGUGUGUGGUGCCUUGCCAAAAUAAUAGUUUUCAAAGUAUUCCCUGAUCUGGAUCUUCAGCGCACCAUUGAAACAAGUACACGAUACUCCUGUAUUGCAUUCCUCUCUCCUGGAACAAUGGUUGGAAGUUAUGUCCAAAAAGCCGGAGUGGAAAUCUUUGAUAUGUCUGGAAAUGUCCUCAGGAAAUUUGACGUUAUCCAUAUUGACGAACCCUACAGCCUGUGCACUUUCAAUGGCAACUGUAUAGUGGGAGAUACGAAGAAACGAGCAAUCAUGAGUUUCAAUGAUAUGGGUAAUAUGCAGUUUAAGUACCCACCAAGAGGGGGGAAGAAAUUUGUUGGGCUGUUGACAGUGACGGCUCACAGAGGCUACAUCUAUGCUGCUGACAGAAAGGGCAACAGAGUAGUUCAGUUGACCGUAGAUGGGAAGUUCGUGAGAGAUGUCCUGACUGCAGAGGAUGGUAUCGAGGAGCCACAAGGUAUCUGUAUCACUGAUGACAACCUCCUAUAUGUCUCAGUGAUCUACAGCUACAUUAAGGUGUUUCGUAUUGGAUGACAUUGUUUAUGUACAUUUCCACUUUCUCGUUGUGCACGGAUUUUAUAAUAGGCUCCAGCAAUACCAGGGCGCAUCCUACUUAGCUGUAUUCUUCAUGCAAGCGUACUCUUUCUUAUUGUGUCCUUUUUAGUUACGGCUUCAAAUUAUGAUAUUCGAAAUAUUAUUGUCUAUACAGAAAUCGGGUGCUACAUUGCAAGUAGCUGUGCGUACAUACACUGAACUUGAAAUGGGUACCUGUGAUCAUAUACAUGUACAUAUAUCGGUAACUGAAAGAGUGUGAUGAUUAAGAUGAUAUGGACCAUAGUUUUACAUAUAUGUCACUGUUCUGUGGUCACAGCAAACCAUGAUGGCUUGACGCCACGCCUCACAUGUUCUUUCCGUUGCAAGCUUUUGUACAUCUGCAAGAAAUAUAACCAGAUAUUUCACCUUACCUGUGUGAGUGUUUUUAAUAAAAAAAUGUUUUAAAAACUUA